AUGGUAUGUAUGCUGAUCGAGCAACGCUUCAAACCUGAAAAUAUCUAUGGAACGAUUGAUUUCUCACGAGAUUGUCGAGUUGUUUUGUCUGAUAUACUCUUGGAUGAAAGCUUCACAUUCGAAAACGACACUGCUAUACUCAACCAAGAAAGAAGAAAUGACUUUGCUUGUUUAAUCAAUUUCAAAACCGCUUUCGACUUGUACAUGCACAAACAAACGCAUGAAGAUAAUUUCAGAGAUUUACUCAGAAUCAAGAAAUGCAUUAUACAAGAAACAAAUUGCAAUACCAUGCUGGAUGGAACCAGGAGAAGGAAAGGAAGAGCCAGGAGGAGAGGAAGGACGAGGAGGAAAGAAAAAUCAAAGAAAAAAUCAAAUAAUGUAGGGAGAAGAGAGAGAGAAAGAGGAAUAGAAGAAAUAUUGCCAUGUACUGGUGACAGAAGAGAGAGAGAAAGAGGAAUAGAAGAAAUAUUGCCAAAGAAAAAAUCAAAUAAUGUAGGGAGAAGAGAGAGAGAAAGAGGAAUAGAAGAAAUAUUGCCAUGUAUUGGCGACAGAAGAGAGAGAGAAAGAGGAAUAGAAGAAAUAUUGCCAAAGAAAAAAUCAAAUAAUGUAGGGAGAAGAGAGAGAGAAAGAGGAAUAGAAGAAAUAUUGCCAUGUAUUGGCGACAGAAGAGAGAGAGAAAGAGGAAUAGAAGAAAUAUUGCCAUGUACUGGCGACAGUGAUGUUGCAUGUAGCAGCAUUUCCUCCUUAUCUAGUCUGGAAUUCACAUUCAAUGAGUGUGUUGAAGUCGACUCAGCCAGUGACUUCCGAGAAGAGAAUUUGAUAUCUCCAACCACAGGUCUAUUCUCAGCUGGAAUCGCGAGUAUACCAACUAGUGCAUCCAGUGAUGGACCUAUCCCUGAUUCCGACAGUGAAUCAGUUGUAGUUUUGGAUGAUGUGAAGCAGGAAGAUGAGCCUCAACAAGCUGACCCUCACGAAACCGCAAUAACAACCACGACAAAUUUCAGAUGCAAUAUUUGUAGCUUCAACUUCCAUACUCUGGCACAGAUGAUAAGGCACAUGGUAAUGAAACAGUUUUGCGUCUUCCAUUGCGUAGCUUGCAAUGAAAACAUGACUCCAUUGAGCUUACUAGAAGAUAUAUGCAAGCACAAGAUUUGUUACAACUUUUUCGAGUGCAUAUUCUGCGAUGACAGUUUUUUCGAAUAUACUUCCAUGCAAGUGCAUCUAGUCGAUGCUCACAAAUUUUCAGAGUGCAAAACUGUUCCAGAGAAUUUCAUGCGAGCUAGCUGUGCCAAUUACCUAUCGAAAGAUAGUAUAUUCACAUUUAGGUGCAGAAGGUGCAGUUUCACCUCAAAUAAUUCUGAGGAAUUAGAGCAGCAUGUUUGUACAGGUUCUGUACUAGAAGUACAGACUUUCGAAGAACACAGUUAUGCUAUGGGAAUGGGUGAUGCGUUGGAUCAUUGGUUGGAUGAACGUGAUAGCAGGUCUGAAACUAAGUCAGUUACGGUUGAUGAUGUGAGUGGAGACUGUGACGUCAUAGAGGAAAAAUUCGAAUUCACUGACACAAUGAUCACCAAUAAUAUUGAGAUUAUAAUUGAUGAUGAAAUCUGUUGCAAGACAGAGACUGACGAAGAAUUAUUGCCAAGUUAUCAAGAAGCUGUGACUGAUUUAGUGCAUGAUGAAAGAUCUGAGAUGAGCACUAAGAAAAUACAACAGCAAAUAAAUAAUAAACAGAUAUCAGCAAACAGAAUCAAUGAACUCGUUAUUGAUUCUAUGAAUGCUUUGAAUCAUAUCCAAUCUGAUGAGAGUGUUGAUGUUGAUACUGAACAAUGUUUCAUCACCAAGGAUGACAUUAUUCUACCAAGAAAAAAGAAACCUCGAUAUGGGAUGAAAGUAUAUCAGCCUAUACCAGUUCAAUCGACAGUCAUGAAUAACCAACAACUGAUGUUGCUGAGCUCGUCAGGAAAUGAUGGAAUUCAUUUAGUGGAUAAUUCUGAACAACCCAUGGAAGUACAACUACUAAAUUCUACUGUCAAUGUUCCAUACCCACCUGGUAAAUCCAACAGAAAAACUUCUAGAAGUAAUCCCACAGCUAGCACACUAUAUUCUAGUUACCCAUCUGGUUUGAUGAAUAGAACAUAUAAAUCAAGGCAGGUGGCAAUGUCUUUGACAGACGAUUCUAAUUUCUUAGAAGAAAUAAGAACAGGGCAAUCUUUCACGGGGAAUCCAAACGUUAUCGCUCCACAAUUCUUGACGAAAUCAACUCCAUAUUCCCCAGCCGUAGAUCUAGAAGUGUCAAACUUUUGCUCUGACAUGCCAAAUAAUACCAUUCGAAACAUAGCAUCACGGAAUAUAGUCCAUGUUGAGAAUCGUAUGCCACAGUUGAUGCGGUUCACUACUGUUGGUCAAAAUAAUCUCCAGAGUAAUCCUCAAAUAGUCCAAAUGAUAGGUUUCCGGCCGAAUGGCCCUUUGGUUCCUAGUAAUAGUGGACUCCCUCUAGCUCCAUUUACUAGAGAAGGAAAUGUGCCACGAAAAUCAAGGAAUCAGUCAGGGGAGUCCAUGAAACAACUGAAAGAAGAUAUUUUGAGAAACCAGGCUCAAUGUAGAGUUAUCCUAACGAGUUUGGAAUCGACCACAAAAAAAACUGUUGCUGUCACUGUUGUCCUAGAAGAUUCGGAUGAAUCGAAAGAUGCCAUCUUGAACCCGACCGAUACUCGUCAGGACCUUGAAGAUUACAAGAACGCUGGAGAAACAUCGUUGAGAUGCGAGGGGAAAACCGAUCAUGUCACACUUGUUUGGGAAGAUUCUGAUGAAUCGACUGAUACAGCCAAUUCUCAGAACUUCAAUUCCGUGGAGCAUACUCUCAGGAAGGGACGCAUAUUUGAAGAUGACCCUCAGUCAAGAGAAGUUUCUGAUGAGCGUGAUCCUUUAGAUAUCAGUAUUGUUCUGGAAGAUUCAAACGACAGAAAUUUCCCAGACAUUCCAAGCACAUUCGAAACUGACGUUAUAACAUUGGACCGGCGUUGUGAAAUAUGCUACGAUGUUUUCUCAGAUGAGGAGGAACUUCAAUCUCAUAUGGCUUUACAUGCACAUAACCUUCCUGGCCUCAUUAUAAAUCCAACAGUUUCUGAUACUGUACAAACCCCAACUAAUAUGCCAGCUUCCAACGUCCAAAGUGAAGCUUCAAAAACUUCAGAUAUCCAAGCAUUCUUCGUCAAUGACGAGUUAUACUACGUUGUACCACAUGAAAACAACACGAACAUACCAAAACAUCAACGCAACAAUUCGAAUAUACAGCAAAUACCACCUUCUAUCCCGCAACAGCCAUCUUUGCCUCCUCCAUAUAUUUCUUUAGCCACUUCAAGCCAUAAUUCUAACUUGGGCAUCCAAUACCCAAAUGUGAACCAAAGCAGAACGUUCAUAGAUGUUCCUCCAGACCCAAAUCUAUCUCCAAUAAUAGGUCGAACUCCAAAUGUCUGGAAUGAAUCACUGCCCGUACGUCCCUCCAAUACUCACCCAUCGAAUAUAUCUCUCACAAGGCUCAAUCAAAAUAUAGAGCGAAUGAUACGACCACCUAAACCCGUUAAGAAGCCAAGACAACCAAGAAAGCCGAGAAAUAAGCCCCCAGAACUACCUCCUGAACCACCAACGAUGAGUAAUAAUGAUGCGAUGUCCUCAUCUUCUUAUACCCAGCCCUCUUCCUUCAACACCCUGAUGGAGCCUGAGGCUAUCAGCCGAAGAACUCCCCUCAUGUACAACGAUCUUUCGUUUCAAGCGUAUGACCAGAACGAGGCUCCACUGUUUGCUCCACCUAAUGCUAAAGCUUACUGGGAUAACAUACACACCACUUUGAGUUUGCCAUCGUACAACGCUAUGGAUCUAUCCAAGACCUCCAACGUGCCAGAGAGGCAAACUAUGGUCGAAAGCAUGUACUCUUUACCCCCACCACCUUAUCAGGCACGGAUGAUAAUUCCCGAGGACCAGAAUUACAUACAUCCACCACCUUAUCAGCCACUGAUGGUACCUGCUGAAGAAAGGAAUGCCAUACCUCCGCCAUCUUAUCAGCCACGGAUGGUAACUCCCGAAGAGAGGAAUGUCAAACUCCCAACUCCAAAUCCUACAAAACGGGCAGAGAGGAGGUAUAGGAAUUCAGGUUUGAAGUUGUCGGGGAUGCCCAAGAUAAUUGACGUGCAGUCUGUUCAGGGGGACUAUAUGCUAGCGUCUGAUAGUAUAACUGUGUUGAGCGACGGCGAAGAAACCGCUGUUGUGGAACAGAGCGAGAAAGAGAGAGAAACAGUCAUCCGUUUUGAUGGAGACAAAGGCAAAGAACGAGAGGGUAUCAAGAGCGAUGAUGAAAAUGACAUUGAAAAGGCAUUGCCUGUGUCUUUCAUCAUAAAAUGA